AGUCUGCUUCGGUACCGCUUGUCAGGUGCGCGCCUUGGGAUGAGCCCCACGCGCACGAGCAUCCCAGCGCGUGCAUGAGCCCAGCGACUUCUCUGAGCAGCUCCCAGACAGAGUGACAGGGAUCGGAGGGAGCCAAGAAUAAACGGAAUAGGGACAGAGAGUGUGCUGCAGUCUGGAGAGUGGGAAGUGUCAGUAGAGGAGCAAGGGGGGGAAUGCAGCUGACCAGAGCCGGAAAAGCGGCACUUUGCCAAGGCUUGGAUGCCGGAGUGAGCCCAGUAACGGAGCCCCGGCUCCAGAGGGAGGCGGCUCGCCCCGGGGGGGACACGGUGAACGGGACCAUGAGAGAGUGGAGCAGAGCUACAGGCACCGGUUACUCAAACACUCAACUGCACAUCACAGGCAAUUCUGAGACUAGCUCAUCUUUAGAGUUAAGAGGUCACCUUCAGCACCUCAGUUCUAUACCAUGCAUUCAGCAACCAGGAAGAAAGCUAACCAACAAAUCAAGAGUCAGGAAAGUCACUACCCAGAAACCUCAAGUACCUCCUAAACCUGCCUAUCUUCAAGCCUUGUGUCAAGAAGCACCAUUUCAGCUGAUUCCUCCAGCUCCAUCAAGGCCUUUGCCAGCUGACCCUAAGCUAACCAAGAGCACCUGUUCAGAGGCUGAGAGCAAAGAAACACCGGUGUUGUCUUGUGUCUCCUCCCUUAUUGAGAAAUUUGAAAGCGUCAGGCAGCUAAGUCCAGAAUUCACCAAAAGAAAUCAGCUGAUUUUAUCCUUGAAAAUGGAGCGGUCUCAGGAUUCCUCUGAGUGUGCAGCAUCUGACAGUGAAUUAGAACCUGCAGGAGAUUCAGCUGAGGGUUCAACAGAAAAAACUGAAUCUAAUGAAACAGAAAUUGGUGUGGAAGUGACGGAACACUCCAAUGAGGGCAAUGUUACAAUGACAGACAGUAAUGUAAAAGACAAUGACUGUACAAGCAUAGCCAGGACUCCAGAGGCAAGAGCUGCAGCUGAAGUUGGUGAGUCUACUCUGGAGCACAAUGCGAAUGGCAAAAUACCCAACAGAGACAGUGGCAUUGACAGUCCUUCAUGUAGUGGGGAAGGUGAAGUUUUCCCUAAUGAAGAAAGCACAGAGGAAACGAAGAAUGUCAGUUCUAUGGAAAAUGGAAAUGAUUUGGAGAUCAAGCCUGGUGAUGUUUCUGAAUUACAACAAAAGAGAGAUUCCACUCAGGAAGAUGAUGAUAGUGAUAUGGAUGAAGGCAGCAGUGAAGAAAAUGAACUAGCAGAAGUGCCUAAGAUUGAACAGUCAGAAACAAUCAAGUGCACAGAGCCACAGAAGUUGUACAAUAUUGCAAAUGAGCUCCUUGUCACAGAAGAGGCCUAUGUGAAAAGGCUUCACCUUCUGGAUCAGGUCUUUUGCACUAAAUUAAGUGAAGCUGGCAUUCCGCAAGAUGUGAUUACUGGGAUAUUCUCAAACAUAUCCUCAAUCUAUCGCUUUCAUGGCCAAUUUCUAUUACCAGGAUUAAAGACAAGAAUUACAGAAGAAUGGGACAAAAACCCUCGAAUAGGUGAUAUUCUGCAAAAGCUCGCUCCUUUUUUAAAGAUGUAUGGAGAAUAUGUAAAGAAUUUUGACCGAGCGAUGGACCUGGUGAACUCCUGGACACAGCGAUCAUCGCAAUUUAAGUCCAUCAUUCAGGACAUUCAAAAGCAAGACGUUUGUGGUAAUCUGACAUUGCAACAUCACAUGUUGGAACCAGUGCAACGCAUUCCCCGUUAUGAACUACUUCUGAAGGAUUAUUUAAAGAAACUGCCUGAGGAUUCUGAGGAUAGGAAAGAUGCAGAGAAAUCAUUGGAGCUUAUUUCAACAGCAGCUAACCAUUCCAAUGUGGCAAUUCGGAAAAUGGAAAAAAUGCACAAAUUAUUGGAGGUAUAUGAAAGGCUUGGAGGUGAAGCAGACAUUGUUAAUCCUGCCAAUGAACUUAUAAAAGAGGGCCACAUCCAAAAGCUGUCAGCUAAGAAUGGGUCAGCUCAAGACCGGUACCUGUUUCUGUUCAACAAUAUGGUUCUUUACUGUGUACCAAAGCUUCGACUGAUGGGGCAGAAAUUCAGUGUGAGAGAAAGGAUUGACAUUGCUGGCAUGCAGGUCCAAGAAAUUGCGAAGUCGAAUGUGACUCAUACAUUUACAAUAAUAGGAAAACAACGCUCCUUAGAACUUCAGACCAGGACUGAGGAAGAAAGGAAAGAUUGGUUUCAGGUUAUACAGGCUACAAUUGAAAAGCACAAGCAGAACAGUGAAACAUUCAACAAGGCUUUUAACAGUUCAUUUUCAAGAGAUGAAGAAUAUCCUCCAGAUUCCCCCGUGCCAGGUGCAACUUGUUCUGACUCCAAUAUAGGAGGAGACUUUUCCAGCCCAUCUACUUUGAUGGAUUCCGGGAAAAGAGCUUCAAAGACAAGACGUGAUAAGGAAAAACAAGCCUGCAAAAGUUGUAGCGAAACUUUUAAUUCUAUUACUAAACGCCGUCAUCACUGUAAACAAUGCAAUGCAAUUAUCUGUGGUAAAUGUUCAGAAUUCAAGCCAUUUCCAGAUAAUAGUCGGCAGAACCGUGUGUGUAAGGAAUGCUUUGCGUUGCCAGCUCCAGCAGUCCCUUCAAAUCCAGUACCUGAGAAUGUAACAGAGCAGAAAAGAAAAGGAAUCAUGGAGGAUGGAAAAAAUGCCCGUACUAUCCCCUUGCCUGGCUAUGAGAUUGAACUUCCUAGUUCCGUUGAUACGAUUGAGAAGAAGCAUUCUUUCAAGCUGAGACAGUCCCAACAGAUCUUUUAUUUUAGUGCAGAUGAUGAAGAGCUUCAAAAUAGAUGGAUUGACAUAAUCUCAAAAACUGCCAAGGGUGACGUUGAAGAAGAAGCAAGCAACUCAGUAGAAUAAGAAACAGUGGCCAAAUUAGCAACAAAUGAGACCAAGGCUGUGUCGCGACUUUCUAUGAUGUUAGCUGUAAUUUCCAAACUUGAAUGGAACAGUGAGGGCACUUUGAUUUGAGAGAGAUGUUUAAAAUUUAAAUAUAAGCAUCAGACUUAAGUGUUUUGUGUGUUGUUGGUUUUCAACAAUUAUGACAAUUAUGUUAUUGAGGAACCUAAGCACAUCAGCAAAGUGUCAUAAUUUACAAAUUAAUCAUGUCAUUCAUUCCAUUCUGGUCCAGUGCAGCACGGUUUCUGUGUAAACGUGUUUAACGGCAGUACUUGCAAUUCCUUUGUGCAAGAUGUAUAGUAAUUCAUUAGCUAAAUGUAUGUUCUUUUUAAGUUAAAACUUGUGAAUCCCUGUGGCUGGCCACUUAUGGUCUAUCAAAUAUCUUCUAUCCAAUUCUUUAAACACUCAGUGCUCUUUGUCCUAUUUGGCAUUUGAUGAUGUAAUUAAUUUCUUCUUAAAUAAAAAUGCUAAGUGGAUUUAUUUUCUCUCUCUUGUUCCAUACUGCUAACAAAAGGCAGGAAAAUGCUGUACACUUGCAAAUUUAUGCUUCUUGUAGCUUUUGUGGUGCAACAACCUGAACCAGAUAUCUGUAUGCCAAUUUGACUUAUUUAUGUAUUGUGCUUUUAAAUAAACAUGCCUGCUUUUCAUCAUUA